UGACACCACACUGCCACUGCUUGCUCUCCUCCACUACCACUCCAAAGCCAAGACCCAACAACUACUAGCAAUAUAAAAAGCCAAGAAAGAGACUGGCAUCACUCCUCUUUACUUGCCUCUUAAAUCUCUGCCUCCACCCCUCCCCCCCCUGCUCCCAUCCACAUCCACAGCUACAUACAGCAGUAAUAUAACUCCUUUUCUGUCGUGUGUGUGGUUGUGUGAUGGGAGAGAGAAUCCCACCUGGGAGUUACUUCCAGUACCCUCCCUCUGGAGUCCAUCAUGCUUCUCCUCACAGGUCCACUUCUUUGCCUUCAGAUCUUGAAAGAUAUUUGGCCGAGUUAUUCGCAGAGAAGCACAAGUUGGGGCCAUUUGUGCAAGUUUUACCAAAUUGCUGCAGGCUUCUUAAUCAAGAAAUCAGAAGGGCAUCAGCUUGCAAUCAGGGUUUGGUAGAUCAUGAAAGAUACGAGCAUGAGAGUCCAUUUAGGUCAUUAGGUCAACAUUCAAAUGGAAGAACGAUGGAUUUGGAGGCAUGGUCUGCUAUGCCAACUGAGGAGAAUGGGCAUCUUCAAAGAAUGGCCUCAUUUCCAGCUGCUUCAAUGGGUUGGCCUGGGGUCCCUGGAAUUCCAAUCACGCCUGUUGUAAAGAGAGUAAUUAGACUUGAUGUUCCUGUUGAUAAAUACCCAAGUUAUAAUUUUGUUGGCCGAAUCUUGGGACCACGAGGGAACUCCUUGAAAAGAGUUGAAGCCUUGACAGAUUGUAGGGUGUAUAUAAGAGGCAAGGGCUCCGUAAAGGAUUCUCUAAAGGAAGAAAAACUAAAAGACAAGCCUGGAUAUGAGCACCUUAAUGAACCGCUGCAUGUGUUGGUGGAGGCUGAAUUUCCAGAGGAUAUAAUAAAUGCCCGCCUGGAACAUGCAAUAACCAUAUUAGAAAGCCUCCUGAAGCCUGUGGACGAAUCCUUGGAUCACUAUAAGAAACAGCAAUUGAGGGAACUGGCUUUGCUAAAUGGUACUCUAAGGGAGGAAAGUCCAAGCAUGAGCCCUAGCAUGAGCCCAAGCAUGUCACCCUUCAAUACUGCCGGAAUGAAACGAGCCAAGACAGGAAGAUGACUCUGGUUUAUUCAUUGCUGGAUGACGGCAACUUAUUUAUCGAAGCCCUAAUGGCUUCUUGAUGCUUGGGAGGGACCUUUGGAGGCUGAGCAUUUGGCGUUCGGCAAACUGAACUCCUGUGUGUUGAGCAUAAUUGCUUGGAAACUUCCGCAGGUUAUCUUUUGUCACUAGUUCUGUUCAAUGUGCUUUAGUGUGUAUCAAACAAUCUCCAAUUCUUUAACGUAGUAUUCAUUUGAGCAUGGAAUUAUUCGUUUCAUUAGUGAAAUAAACUACUUGUAAUCAAUAAUUCAGUUAGUUCUUUCAAGUCAUGUGAUGUAACUUUAAAUCUACCUGAAGACUUUUGCACCAGUAAUUCUAUAAUGUAACAUCAUUAUCUCAAUAAAUGCACUAGUUUGACUCAAA